CUCUUGAAAAAUAAACGAUGGCGACAAUGAUAGAUCGAUGAAAAGAACAACUCUAAACAGAACGUCCUAUUUGAUCCGAUAUCGCUUUAAGAAACAAAUUGUUCAUCAUUCAAGAGUUUGCGUGUUGUGCUUUUAUUCUGAAAAGGACAGAUGAAAGGAAACGUUGCCAAGAUACCGCCUCCAAUCAUGGAGUCAAAUCAUCCGAGCUCCAUCGACGACGCUGCUAACGAGUUUGAAAUGGAAAGUACUUGGUUGCCAUUGCUAAAGCGUUGGCAGGAUUUACUAAUCCGCUAAAGGUGCAGUGCUAAGAUUAGACGUCCUUAAUUCUGGUCGAUUGCGGUUUGGGAAUAUUUGGCAGCCAAAUUUACCGUUGAAGGCAAUUGAUGAUGGAGUGGACAACACCGCAGCAGAAACGGACAGUGAAUUCCUGAAGCUCUACUAGCAGAAGUGAGUGUUUCCCCCACAUGUGGUAGGACAGCGGUGUAUUGCCAUACACGUCAGCACCGCUCCAGACAAGGACAUCAUUCAUACACCAAGACUCCCUCCAGCUGGGAAUUCUUCAAGCAUGCCUUUGCAAUCAAGGAGACAGUGGACCACUGUGGUAUUUGGUGUCAUUCUAGGAUUCACUGCAUGUUCCUGGUUCAUUGUACCCCAAGUUCUGGAGAGUCAACGGAAUGAAUACCCCUUGUGUUCAUUCAGAAGUGAGUCCGCCGCCGGAAAAAUGCCGGGAAACCUCGGUGAUACUGACAACCGAGGAAGUCACUUCUUCAGACAGGAGGAAAACAGGUCUGACCGUCGCGGAGACAACCGGGAAGCCAAAAGCCGGCCCACGCGGUUCCUCUAUGUGGGCGUGAUGACCGCCAAAAAGUACCUGGCUUCCCGGGCUGUGGCUGCAUUCAACACCUGGACACGUUCAAUUCCCGGAAAGGUGGAGUUCUUCUCCAGCGAUGGCUCUAACAAGGUGCACGUCCCCGUUCCGCUUCCUGUGGUCUCAUUGGCUGGCGUGGACGACUCCUAUCCACCGCAGAAGAAGUCAUUCAUGAUGCUGAAGUACAUCCAUGAUCAUUACCUGGAUAAAUAUGAAUGGUUCAUGCGAGCAGAUGAUGAUGUUUAUAUAAGAGGUGAAAAGCUGGAGUUGUUUCUGCAUUCUCUGAACAGCAGUAAACCUCUUUACCUGGGCCAGACUGGCCUCGGCAUGGCAGAGGAGGUGGGCAGACUGGCUCUCGAGCCCGGGGAGAACUUCUGCAUGGGUGGACCUGGUAUGAUCUUCAGCAGGGAGGUGCUACGCAGGAUGGUGCCACACAUUGGUUCUUGUCUCAGGGAGAUGUACACAACCCAUGAGGAUGUUGAAGUCGGUCGCUGUGUACGACGCUUUGGAGGGACGCAGUGCGUGUGGUCUUAUGAGAUGCAGCAGCUAUUCUACGAGAAUUACGAGCACAAGAAAGGUUUCAUAGACGAGCUCCACAGUAGCAAGAUCCACAAUGCCAUCACGCUCCAUCCGAACAAAUGGCCCGCCUACCAAUACCGACUCCAUAACUACAUGUUGACUCGGGAAAUCUCAAGGCUUCGUUACCGCACCAUUCUGCUGCACCGUGAAGGCCUCAUGAUGACCCAUCUCAGUGACACAGAAAUGCUGUGGGAGGACCAACAGCUGGGAGCCCCACCCUCCUACAUGCGCUAUCAACCCAGCGAGCGCAAUGAUGUCAUAGAGUGGGAUUUCCUGACUGGCCGUCAUAUUUAUUCUGCUGUUGAAAACAAGAUGGCGCGACAAAGCCUCAGUUCCUCACGCCGAACGGCAUUAGAAGACAUCAUGCUCCAGGUGAUGGAAAUGAUUAAUGAAAAUUCUAAAACACGUGGCCGUGUCAUCGACUUUAAAGAGAUUCAGUAUGGAUAUUACAGGGUGGAUCCGAUGCACGGGGCUGAAUACAUCUUAGAUCUACUGCUUCUGUACAGGAAACACAAAGGACGUAAAAUAACCGUGCCCGUGAGGCGUCACGCAUACCUUCAGCAGUCCUUCAGCCGACCUUUCUUCCGUGAAAGCGAGGAGUUAAAUGUGGCCGAACUUGUGCCCGCUAUUAACUCGGAAUCCCAGUCCUUGUCUUUUCUAUCCAACUCCUUGAAGUUGUUGUCUCCUUUCCAGUUCUACGAGUCAACCAGAGAAAUGUGGGAGCAAAGCCAGAGGAAAGUUAACAUCCUUGUCCCGCUGUCCGGUCGCUAUGACACCUUUGUCCGUUUUAUGGAGAACUUUGAGGAAGUUUGCUUGAUACCCAAACAAAACGUUAAGCUCUCUGUCAUUCUGGUAGACAAUGAGAGUUAUCAGGACAAAGGAAAGCAUGUUCAGUUAAUCAAAGAUUACAAGAAGAAAUAUCCCAAAGCUGACCUAUCAGUGAUUCCAGUGACAGGCAACUUUUCCCGGGGAUUUGCCCUGGAGCUGGGCUCUUCACUGUCUGAUAAUGACACUCUACUAUUCUUUUGUGAUGUUGAUCUUAUCUUCAACGCCGAUGCCCUGCAACGCUGCAGAGAUAACACCGUACAAGGGAAACAGAUCUUUUUUCCCAUCAUAUUUAGUCAGUACAACCCAAAUAUAGUGUAUGCUGAUAAGGCCCCGAGAGAAAACAAAUUUGUUCUUACCAAAAAAAGUGGCUUUUGGCGUGAUUACGGCUUUGGAAUCGCCUGUGUUUUCAAGAGUGAUUUACUAAAAGCUGGUGGGUUUGACACUUCAAUCCUGGGUUGGGGAUUGGAAGAUGUCGACCUUUUCACAAAAGUUAUUCAUUCUGGUUUAGAAGUGUUACGCAGUCAGGAGCCAGGAAUUAUUCAUAUUUAUCAUCUUGUCCAUUGCAACUCAAGUCUUGAUCAAAAACAAUUUAAAAUGUGCCUUGGGUCCAAAUCCAGUACGUAUGCUUCAACAAUGCAGUUAGCAGAGAUGUGGAUGGAGAAACACAUCGAAGUCGUGUAUAACAGAACUUCAUCCUGACAUUCCAGCUUAUGUUGACGCCACCAUACAAGUUUACCUCAUCUUUGCAUGGAUGCAAAUGCUGUGCACAGUGAUGUGCGGUCCAGGGACGCAGUCUCUACCAGGAACCGAUUUUUUUUAAAAUGUAGAUUUAAUUGUAGUUUAUGCACACCUGAAUGUAAGAAAAUGUAGAUUUUUUUUGGAAACGGCAGUGGGUCUGAAGUACAAACCAAGGUGUUUACGAGCCGGUACCUUCAAUGACAGUAAAGGGCUGGUCAUCCGACUCCAUCAUUUCCAUGAUGAAAUCACAGAUCACUUUAGCCCUCGGGCUGGGCAAUGUAGAGUUGUUGGCAUUUCAGGUGGUAAUUUUUGCGGUUUUAUCGGUAUCAUGUCAUAAGUCUGAUAAUUAUCAUUAUCAUGCACCACAAGUAAAAAUUGCUGAAUUUGCACAUUAUAAUAUUUGCGGAAAACAUUUAUUAUACAGUACACUGUUUUAUUACCUAUAUAAAGUCUUUCAUGUAAGUGUGACAUCAUUCGUCUUGCUAAUUGGACAAUGAAAUAUGUCACACACCGAGGAGCACAAUACUCCUCAGCGGGAAGACGGUGGGGGUGGAUGUGAGCUGUGCUUGUCGCUGCUUUUUUUUCCAUAGAGAGGAAAAGCCAGUGACAGCUUUUCUUUAGGGGACCUAUUUUGCUCAUUUUUCGAUCCUUUGUAUUGAGUGGUGGUCUCCUAUAGAGCAGCUACACACAAUAACCCGCACUGAGAACUUUUUGGAUUUUGCAGAAUCUGCACGUAUUCCAGUUGUAUUUCCUUGGAUUUGUGCUUAAUGCCAAAACAGCCCACCUCCAGGCAUGCCCACUCCACUGUGAUUGGUCACACGCCCAAAGUGCUUCCCAACUAUGAACCAUAUAAGGAAGUCUGGCCUCUGUGACAUCACAAAGGGGCAGUUUUACCACGCCUUUGGAAACCGAGCAUUUUGAGCCAUCCCAAACUUCUUUCAGGGCUCACUUCCAAAUGAGCAAACCUCAUUAUAUGAAACUUUGGCAUCGUUUAACACGAGAAUACAACAUUCUAACAUUCUAGAUCCCCUUUGACAAUAUUGUAUUACACAAAAUCAGCCCAAAACUGAGUCAGCAACAAGUCAAAUGUAAUUACCAUAUUCUGCUAUGCUGAAUGAAUACACUAAAGGGUUUUUAAAAAAUAUCUGUUGAAAUACCCCCCACCCCCCAAAAAAAUGAACCUCACCACACAUCACGGCCUAUGCACUAUGUGCAACAGUUUGUGUUGCAGGGAAACGAUGGGUUUAAGAAGGGUUUUCAGGUGGAAAAUGACCCCAAAGAAACCAUAAACAGCAAAGAUGAACAAAUAAUGAUAGCAUGAAAAUAGUGGAAUCAGUUUUGAUGGAGUUCUAUAUAUUUGGGAUUGACAAGGAUUUUUUUUAUUUACUUAUGCACCAGUACAAGUGGUCGGAUAAAUCCUUUUCAGUGACUCUGUUUUCUACCUCUUUACGUUACGUUUUAGUUUUAAAGUCCAGACUUUAGUAUUGUACUCUAGAUUUUAUUCAAAAGUGAAAUAUACAUUAUGGUUUGUCAUACUAUGUAUAACAUUACGGCAAUAAAAUAAUAAUAAUAUUUAAUAUAAUAUAAUAUAAAAACUUUGGACACCCCUGAUCUAAAUUAUUUUGUGAUUUCUGUUGAAACCAGCUUUUAAAAUGCACCUUAAAGGGGAACUUCACUUUUGUGGAAUUUUGCCCAUCAUUCACAAACAUGAACACAUAUUUUUUUUCCUUUUCUGUGCAUUCUAGCAUGAGAAAACGAGUUAAUAUGAGCUAGCAAACAACGGACUUCGUGGGAAAUACCUAUUUUACCGCCAAAGGCGUACCCUAAUGCACCCUCACAGCAUGUAUAUCAAACCAUGCAAUGUUAGAGUUUUUUUUUUAAAUAUUUUAAAUAUUUUUUUAAAUGUAUGCAUUGUAAGCAUUGUAAGCUAGCUGAAAUUAACUCGUUUUCUUGUGUAAGAAUGCACGGAAAAGGCAAAGAAAUAUGUGUUCAUGUUUCACAUAAGGAUUGUUUUGUGAUUUUUUUAAGAAUCAGAUGGACACACAUCAACUGUACUGUAUGAUUGCAAACUUUAUUCCUCCUGCAUGUACUAGUCCACUCCUCCACCCAUCAGUCAUUGCAUCAGUCUCCGUGGAGGCCACUCCUAACACACAAGGAAGCCUAACAAGGAAACAUAACUGAGAUGUCAUUUAUUUAUUUUUCAAGAAAAUGCAGUACAUUUCAGACAUAGCUAGCUCUAAAUGCUGAUGAAUCAGGAUUAAUUCAUUUGAAAAGUGUGAUUAAUCGGAUUUCGGUCAUUUGACAGCCCUCGUACAAACAUGUGCGAGUUAGAGAAGCUUUCUUGGUUUCCUUUGGAAUGUUUUUGUCAUCAGAGUUCAGCAUCAGCAGGCCUGUGCUUGUGCUUUGUGGUGAAAAAUGCAGAUCAGGAAAGCUCCUACAGUCCUGUCUGUACAAUAGCAACAGAGGGACAAUAUUGAUUUUUAAUCUUGAAUAUUGAUUAUCUACUGUAUAUAUGAUUCACUGCAAAUUCUUGUGUCAUCUCUUUCCAUUGAAUAUCAAAGUGUAUCAUAGGAAUAUCAAAGGGAUAGAUGUACAUGUUCAAGCAGCUUUUAUCUAACUGCUGUUUUUAGGUUUCUUCACUACACAGUGAACAAUUGUAACUGUACAUAAGCCAAAUAACUCAGUAAUUAAUAAUAAUAAUUCACUCAGUCAUUUAGUUUGUCACUUUUUACUCUGGUCUCCA